AUGAUUACCGCAUUUUCACUUAUAACAACAGACGAUCAAGUAACGUGGAUAAAAACGAUAAAUGGAACUUACGAUUUUCAACUAAAAAAUAAUGGUUCAAAUUUACUGACUUGGCAAAUAGUUCGAAAUGUUAUCGACUGGGGAAUAUGGAAAGUGUAUGGAGAAGUUGACCUUCAUAUAGAAAUGCAUGGUUCAAAUUUAACACAAAUUGGAGGUUCGAAAGAGAUUGAAUGA